CUGGGCAAUUGCGCUAGAAAUUGGUCGUCGUUGGAUACGACCAGGAGGAAUGACCGACUCGGGUCUGGCCAAGAAUAUCGGCAAGGGCGGACAUAGUAGGCGUCGAUAGAUAUGGGCGUAAAAGAAGAGAUAAUGUCGAAUAAAGUUUGCUUCCGAGUAGGGGACAAGAUAGCGGGGACUGAUGCCGGAGUAAAAAUACAAAUUAAAGGUUCCUAAAUAAUGAGUAUUCAUAGGUCUCAUCAGGCGCCGUGUUGUCGGCCUCGAGGCUGAUAAUCAGUGUGAUUGAACGUGGCAUCCCUGUUGGUUCCCUGAAUUUCCUGCCGGGUUCCCAAGGCUAUAUCUGUGCCUUUGUAUCUUUCGUCAUCUUUUUCCACCCAUUCCCAUCCCGCCGUCACUCCCGCGUCCCUCUUCCCAUGAUAGCGCGCGGUCGUUCUCGCGAGGUUUCGCGAGCAGCGCUGGCCAGGAAGUCCUCUGAAGAGAGGCUUUCUCGUGCCCAUGAGGUAAACUUCCGUCAGCAUUCCGGGGGGAUCCCGGGGCAUGCGACCACGAGAAGGUCACCACCCAAGUUGGACAUACCUCACCAGCUUUUCGUCGCACCGGCAGCACACGCACCGCAACCUUUGGGCUCAGUAAUAAUCCGAAAUUCCGAGGUUAAACAGCCUCUCGCCCCGGCCGAGGUCGUUCCGACGCUCAUAGAACCUAUGCCCGUCGCAUCGUUUCCACCGUCUCGUGUACCGUCACCAUCCACGUCAGCAUCGGAACCCAUGUCUCCUCAGCCGUCGUCCAACGACCCUGACUAUUACGACUAUUUCUACUGCGACUCGCCCCCUUCACCCCCUCACACGAUCGAGGACCAACUACACGUUGCUUACGCACACGAUGACAUUCAUCUCGCCAAGAUUCUGCUUCUCAAAUUAAGAGGCAUCGAAGUCACGUCCGAUGAUGACCCUCGCAUAGCCGCGGUACAGGACGAAGAUUUUGACGAGUGCUUCAUUCCAAAUGGUAUGUUGCUGUUGACGGAAGAGGAGGAGAAGAGAGUAAAGGAGGCACAACGAUUAGAGGCUGAGAGGAUACAGAUGGAAUUGGAGAGGAGAGCACUGAGAGAAAGAGAGCGCAAACGCGAGCUCUGGGAGAAACGGUGCGAGAAGAUUUGGGAGAACGAGAAGCUACGUUUGCGGGAGGAGAAAGCACGGAUAAAGUUGGCAAGGCUGAGGCAGGAGGAACAGCGCAAAGCUCAGCAGCAACAAUUCGAGUCGCGUCGACCAGUCACGCUCAGCAGGUCGCGCAAGCCAAAGCUAUCAUACAGUUCAUUAUCGCAAACUCGCGCUUCGUCGGCCUCGUCAACAUCAGAAGCAUCAUCCUCUGGCUACGCUUACAGCUUUGUGGUCACUCCAGCCUUGCAGAUGCCUCCGUCGCGUCACAGGAAGAUGAGGGCCGGUUCGUCUUGUUUAUCCGAGUCAAAGGCGCGCCGAGAACACCUCUCUUCUACCUCAGACUACAGUACUGAUACCGCAAGUGACGACACCGGAUUCGACGCGUCAGGACCUUCAGUGUCGUUCAAGGAAGUGAUUACGGCCAUGAACGGUUCUCUCUUUCCUCUUACCGCGUCUGAGCGCACGCAUUCACUGUCGAGGUCGUCCAAGUCCGUCUCUACUUUGAAGUGUCAUAAAUUGGACCCACUGGACGUGCUUUUGGAUUCUGAGGUAACUAGCUGGGCACCCGAGGAGAGACUACGGAGAAGGCUCGAUAAAGCGCCUCAAAGAGAUGAUAAUCAGCCUUCCGGGUGGAGCAAGAAAGGUCUAUGUACCAUAUGCCGGACGAAUUCGUCGUCUAGCUCAAUAUCAUCUCCAACAUCGACUACCUCCGAUAACAGCGACCUAUCGAGCUUCUCAUCGUUUACGUCGACGAUGACUGACUUCACGACUCCACCGGCAUCACCACCUCCCUCUUCUGAUAUACUUCUCGUAAAGUCACUUGCUGACGCCAUGCAGCCAUUUACUCUGAUACCAGACCCUGGCCCCUCAUCAUGUCGAUGUAUUCGGCCCGUUUCGCGUCUAAUCGCGAUACAUCCAUCCCAGGACCCGCUCUUCGUACCCCCUACUUCCUGCCAAGUCUGAGAUCUUAUCAUCUCCGAAGUCUGUAUCUCCCCAACGACUUCCAAAGACUCGCAAAGCAUCGAUAUCAUCGAUAUCAUCUAUC